AUGGCUGCAAGCAGUAGCCAUUCUUCUGCCCGCGAUGUCUACGAAGCCAGCCUAUCGGGCGCCCAGGACCGCCCGUUCCUCCCCCGGUUGAGGUCAGACCCACCUAUUAAUCCACCCAUAUGUCACAGCCUACGAGAGUUUCGUGCACGCGAAACGCCCGAAGAAAAAGAGAAACGCCUGCGGAAACUGUGGAGACGGCUCCCUGAAUGGAAUCGCCCCCGAGGUCUAGACGAUGAAGCAGUCGCAACGGCAUAUCCUGUGCAGGAGGGAGGUUCACUAACAGCUGAGAGUGCAAAGAGAUUAGAGGAGAUGUACGACGACGAACUCCUGGGUCGAUGUGGUGGCCAUACCGCAGGAUUUCUGCAUCGGAAUAUCUCAUGGAGGGACUUUGAGAAAUAUGCGGAUGCGAAGGAAGCUGAACUAUGGCAUAUUUUUCAUGACGAGCUGGAUUUGGACGGCAACGGCCACCUCGAUGGCGAAGAAGUCUCGUUGGCGUUGACAAAAGCUGGAAUAUCCUUGUCACCUUCUACAUUGGCGGAAUUCAUGACAUUUCUUACGUUCUCUCCGCAUUCGCAUGCCAUCAGCUUCCCGGAAUUCAGAGAUUUCCUACUGUUACUGCCUCGCAAAGCCUCCCCAGCCGAAAUUUUCCGAUACUAUGAAGUCAAGAAGUUCAUGGGUGAUGACGGAAGGGGAGCUGCCCGUGUAACGAUGGAAGGCGAUGUCACCUUGAGCGCGGAGGAUAUGGCCACUACAAAACCCCACCCAGCUGUUAUGCGAGAAGUCGUGAUUACACCCAUAGACUACCCAAACCCCAUUCCAGAGGAGGAAGAUGACGAUGAUGAUGACUUGAUGGAGGAGGAAGAACCACAAGAUCGAAUCGAAAUUCCAAUGGCAGCCAAGUUUCUCCUUGCAGGAGGCAUGGCUGGCGCUGUGUCGCGGUCGUGUACAGCUCCCUUUGAUCGUCUGAAAAUCUUCCUCAUCACACGUCCCCCAGACAUGGGUGGUCUAUCACUGAGCCCUCAGGCACCAGUUCGUGGUGUCAGAGCAAUCGGUGGCGCGAUUGCUCGUAUCUACGCUGAAGGUGGUAUUUUUGCGUUCUGGACAGGCAAUGGACUCUCAGUUCUCAAGAUUCUUCCUGAAUCUGCUAUCAAAUUCUUCUCCUAUGAAUCAUCCAAACGCAUGUUCGCGAAGUACUGGGACAAGGUCGAUGAUCCAAGAGAUAUCAGCGGCACCCAAAUGAUGAGCAGCGCAGGAGCACCCAAGCAGGCUUUACUGUCGACCGCCCGUCGUGUCUGGGGUUUGGGCAAAUUUCGCGCAUUUUAUCGAGGCCUGACCAUUGGUCUGAUCGGUGUUUUCCCAUAUUCCGCUAUCGAUAUGAGCACGUUUGAGGGACUCAAGUUGGCUUAUCUGCGAUCCACCGGCAAAGAGGAGCCUGGCGUUCUAGCUCUCUUAGCCUUUGGCAGCGUGUCCGGAAGCAUCGGGGCAACAAGCGUUUAUCCCAUCAAUCUGGUGCGGACGCGUCUGCAAGCCUCGGGAUCAUCUGGCCAUCCUCAGCGCUAUGCUGGUAUCCUAGAUGUCAUCCAGAAAACCUACGCGCGGGAUGGCUGGCGUGGCUUUUACCGCGGUCUUUUUCCCACAUUAGCAAAGGUGGUCCCUGCAGUGUCCAUCUCAUACCUUGUAUACGAGUCGAGCAAGAGGAGGUUGGGCGUAUAG